AUGUUUGCUAUAAUGGAACCUGUGCAUGCCGCACUCUGGAAGGAUUUUUUCAGCAGGAUUGUGAACUUAAAUCGACUGUAUGUCAAGACGGAGCCGGAUGUGUGUGUCGAAGCGACAAAACAGUAUUGUGCAAUCCCGGAGAGGACUGUCUCGGUAACAGAUGGCUGUUUUUGCGGGCAAUCUAAGAGCUGUGAGGAUGAUCACAUUUGUGUAAACGGUCAAUGCAUUCCAAUGAGGAAAAGCGCUUGUGCUGAUACUGCAACAGACUGCUACAAAAGGAGAAAUUACUGCGAUGAACCAAAGUAUAGAGGAAUGAUGCUAACAGAGUGUCGAGAUACUUGCGGUUAUUGUUCUAAUCCAAAAGGUUGCAAAGAUAUUGCUGAUAACUGUGCGAGCAUGAAACAUUACUGCACUGAUUCGUUGCGUAAAGCAUUGAUGCAACGAUACUGCAGGUUGACGUGUGAUUUUUGCUCAAACGAACCCUGCGAUGAUAGACUUAUAAACUGUGAUGAGUUAACAGAAAACUGUGACAAGAUUGAAUUUCUGGGUGCUAUGAUCAAAAGCUGCGCAGCUACCUGUAUGUUUUGCUAA